AACAUACGUCAACAGUUAGUCAUUCAUCGGUCAGUUGCAGAUGUCCGGCCGUUAUCCGUAUAAGUGUGGAUGGGGAGUUUAGAAUCUUUUUUCAGUACAGCAAGUCAUGGUGCUGACCAGAUCAGAGUACAGACAUGUCUACCCCUCAGACAAGGGUCCCAGGGGGAAGAGAACUGCCAGAAAUCCCGCCAACACAGGUGGAAAGACCUCCAGGAGAGGUAAAGAUGGUAGAGACUUUUCACGAGUUGAUGGUGGAUUUAGUGGUGCUAGUAAAAGCCCCAGGAGUUCAAGAACCCAGUUUUUACGAUCCACACCCAACAAGUGUGCUUUGCAGGAUGACACAAAAGAGCAAACUACAGAAUCAGUACCAGAAAUCCAAGAGACUGAUGACAAAACCAGCCUCAGAAACUGCAAGAGACAAUCAGAGCCAGAAAUGGAGUUUGCUUUCCAAACCCCUCCAUAUAAGACAUGUAAACUGUCUCCCUCUGGUGGCAGUUUGGCUCAGGCAAGCAGAGCAUUGUUUGGCACAACUGAAGAUGGCACUGCAAGACAAGACAAUAGCCCCUUUAAACCUCUGCCAUUACUUGAUGUAGAUUUAAGUCCAAGCAGUUCAGUACAUGGCAACCCCCACAUGUCAACAAGUAAUACUCAUUUUACAGGACAGAGUGCUACAUGUUUUUCUCCAGCAAAAUCAGAUGAUGGAAUUUCUUGCAACUUUGACUUGAGUCCAAAUCGGGGCACAAAAGUUAAAUUUGACACUCAGCGCCAGUGGAGUUUUUCCUCAGACACUUUCCUAGAGGAAACUGUUCACUGUUGUUUUGACUCUGACCCUGAAGAUAUCACUGUGUCCCAGUCUAAGACACUCAGUUUUUGCAGUGAUGAUUGUGAUGAUAACCGGAUGAAGUCUCCAUUGUUUUUCGGUACACAAGAUGGCUCCUUGGCUCUGAUUGACUGUAAAACACCAACAAAAGGCCCUGGGUCAGGUGUAAAAAAAGCUCGCGCUGAGUUCAAACGCCUCUUGGAUCCAUCACUCAAUGCUCAAGCAGACACACAUGACAUUGUUAACACAGAAACAGCUUCAGAGAAAUUAAAGAAAACUUUCUCAACGAAGGCGCCCAUUUCCUCCAGAAGAACAAAGUGCACCAUAUCCAGUCCCGAGGGAAUUAGAGUAAAACAAGAACAGAGUUCUGGUCUGCAAGCAGAACCAAAUGGGAAAAAAAUUAUGCCUUUAAAUCUUGACAUAGUUCCAGAACAAAAAGAGACACGUAGUGAGUUUUCAUGCAUCUUGGAAGGCAACUACCCUUUUAGACCAUUCAACAGUGUGGUUGUGAACCAGGAGAGAGAAGUCAAUGUGACUAGUCUUGGUGGAAACCGAACAUCCUCGGGUGAAAUGAAAUUGAGAAAUAGAUUUAUCACGAAGACCCCUCUGUCUGAGGGACUGUUGACGUGUGAUGAAUCGGUUAUCGGUUCUCUCGGUUCUUUCGGCAGUGUUUCUCCACAAUGUGACCUAGAUAAAAAAAAUCAAUUAAACAAUCAGAAGACAGUUAAAACAGUUGGAAGUCUCUUUGGUGUUGGUAACGUGAAAGAAGAAGCUGACUCUUCUGACGUAGGGAAAGUUGGACAAACCUCAAAAGAAAUGUGGAAAAUUGUUCCAAAAACAGAGAAUAGAACUAAAGGGGCAACAGUUUUACUUGUAAAGGUGGUAAAGUGAAAGAUGAUAAUUCCCUGUGUUCUGGAGAUAUAGUAGUAAGAAUAUCUCAAGGUCACAUGCCUUUUCUCUUGAGGCCACGUAUUGGCCCUUGUAUACAUCCUAAGCUCCAUUUUUUGAAAAAUUUCCCUGAGACUCUGGGAUCUGCUUUGUCUUUGAAGUCUGAUUUGCUAAACAGAUUGGUGCAUAGCAGGCCUCCUUCAGGUGUGUAUAUGUAGACAGCCAUUGUAGAAUCCUUCUCUCUUGGCAAAUUUCGGUGCCUUUUGUGCUGGUGUAUCUUCCAAUGUCUACAGUACAUGUUCAAGCACAGAAUCUUUAAGAUUAGCCACAUUAAAGAUAAAGUGAAUGCUAUGAAAACAGCUCUGUGGGUAUUGUAUUUAUAUCCCUUGGAACUCCCAUAGAGAACUGUGUGCCACUGGUGCUUUCAUUUUCCGAUUUUUUGAAAAAGGUCCACUCUAAACUCUAGACUAACAUGAAAUGUGCUCUUAAAAGGCAUUAGUACAUGUUAAAGAAGAGCAGGUUUUGGUUUAGAAAUAUUUGCAGAGUGUUUUGCUUUAUGUUUUGAUUUAUUGCCAUGGUUUCAAUACCAUAGCUAUUUUAUCAUGGGGAGAAUACCUCUCAGAUAAACAGCCCAUCUUUACAAUUCUUUUGAGCCUUUUGAAGUAUCAUUUUCAAUGUGCGCUGUUCAUAGAAAUGCACUUUUUUAUGUUAAAGCAAACUUUUUGGUUUUAUAGUGUUGCAAUGUCUGAAAAUCACUCUAUUUUGACACAUCUUUUAUUAAUAUAUAUACAUGUAUUUUUUUUUCGAAAUUUUGCGAUAAAACCUUUCCCGUUCUGUUUUCGUUUAUGGAAAUCUACACAAUUAAUUAUCGGUGAUUACUAAUAGCCUGACAUGUUUAGUGCAGAUUAUAUUUAUAUGUAUGUAGUUAAGAUUAUAUAAACUUGUUUCUAUAAGCCAAAUAAAUAAAGAAUAAAAACCUUUGUUGCAAAGAAAUAGCGUGCAAGCUAUAAAUUUUAAGUGAACCUGAUACAAUUUCACCAAAAAUCAUGUAUCAGCACAGUUGUGCACUUAUAUUGGGAAGAGUAAUUCUUAAUUAUAGUCGUAUUUUAAGACUUUAUUGUAUUAUAUUAUAAUAUAAUUACAUAGCACAUUAAUCAUUCAUUUUGCACUGGAUACUGAUACAUCAUCCUUUGAGAUCUUUGCUUUAUUUACUAUAAAACUAUGAUAAAAGUCUGACUGAUACAGUUAAUGAUGAAGGGGUGUAUAUCGUGUUAUUACAAUGUUAAGUUGAUUCUAGUCACUUAGAAGCAGUUUUUCAAAUGAGAAAUGUGUUCAAGAAAACUAUUUUUUUAUUCAUAAUUUUUUUUUAAAAGACUGUAAAAAUGAGUGUAAUUACACACUCUUUGUUUAUGUGAUUAAGAUACUUAUAAAUAUGACUGUCCAAUUUUAAAUUUUAGUAGAUUUUAGUUACUUGAGCUCUGUAAAAUUAUUUUAAAUCUUGAAAUAUCAGUGCAGUUGUUGUAUUUUAUUAACAUUUUAAGUUUUUUUUCAUUAUGUCAUUCUUUAUUUCCUUGUCUGGUCAAUUAAAAUAAAAUCCAGAGCUACUGUUUAAAAAGUUUAAAGACAACAACUAAGGAGUUAAGGCCCUCCUGCAAACAUAAAUAUAUCUUUAAUACCA